CCAGAAUUCAGAGUUGGCUGUCUGCCUGCUAUAAUACUCUUAAGACCAAAUGGGUUAUACAAACUACUUCUUGUGCGUCACCAUUUCAUUAUUUCUAACCUUGUCUUCCCUUCAUCUGGUUGCUCCAUUUCCUGCUGCUGCUUCCGGAGGCGGCCUAGAUUACAGUUACUAUGACCAAACAUGCCCUCAUCUGGCCAUGAUUAUUCGAUAUAAUGUCUGGUCAGCUUUCAAGAAUGAGUCAAGGAUCGCUGCUUCCCUCCUGCGGUUGCACUUCCAUGACUGUCUAGUAAAUGGAUGUGAAGGCUCAAUACUCCUUGAUGAUACAAUUGAUUUCAAAGGGGAGAAGAAUGCGCCAGCAAAUCGUAAUUCAGCUAGAGGGUAUGAAGUCAUUGACAGCAUCAAAGCAGAGGUCGAAAAGGCUUGUCCAUCGACAGUUUCAUGUACCGACAUAUUGGCUCUAGCAGCAAGAGAAGCUGUCGUCAUGACAGGAGGGCCAUACUGGCCUGUUUCAUUAGGCCGGAGAGAUGGACUGACUGCUAACCAAGCUGCAGUUGCUCAGGAGUUGCCAUCUCCUAUCGAGUCGUUGGAUGAUAUCACAGCAAAGUUUACUUCAAAGGGACUUGAUGUUAAGGAUGUUGUCGUCCUCUCAGGAGCACAUACAUUAGGAUUUGCACAGUGCUUUCUCAUCAAGAGGAGGUUAUUCAACUUUAAGAACACUGGCAAACCAGACCCAGCACUUGAAUCCUCUGCACUCACAAGCCUGCAGGGGAUGUGCCCGAACAAGGACGCCUCCAACGCCAACCUCGCCCCGCUUGACUCAACCACCACCCGGUUCGACAACUCGUACUACACCAACAUCGUCAAUAAUGCCGGCCUUCUCGACUCGGACCAAGCCCUGCUGAUGAACCCAACCACAGGGGAAAUGGUCAGGUCCUACAGCUCGAACCCGUACCAAUUCUACAGCGACUUUGCUGCCUCCAUGGUGAAGCUGUCCAGCGUCGGGGUUCUUACUGGGAAGAAUGGUGAGAUUAGAAAGAAAUGUGGGUCUGUGAACUAGCAGAUUAUAGUAUUUGGGGAGGGAAAGUGACUGCCAGGUGUCUCUCUGAAUGUUGAAUAUGAAUAAUUUGGAGGGAACUAAGGCUUGUAGUGCAGUUGAUCAAGGUUGUUGUGAUGUGUAGUUGCAGUAUAGCCUCGAGUCCAGUUUGAUGACCUUAUUGCAAAAGUGGGAAAGUUAAGGGAUCAGUUUGUAACUUAAAUAACUCGAAAGUGGAAAU